AUGGAUAAGACAUGGAUUCUUAAACCAAGGUCAAGUGUUGAUUACCAACAAGGCUUGAAUCAAUUCCUCAAAUUUGCGUUUGACAAUGCAUCUAAAGAAAGUAUGAUCCUUUGCCCAUGUAGAAAAUGCACUAAUUGCUUCUGGAAAGAAAAAGAAGUUGUCUACGAGCAUCUUUUAUGUGAUGGAUUUAUGCAAGGUUAUACAAGAUGGAUAUUUCAUGGAGAGGAUACUUCUCAAAAGAAACCUAUUGGUAAUGCGAAUAUUCAUAAUGAACAAAUCGAUGAUGAAAUGGAUGAACUUUUACAUGAUGCAUUUUUUCAUCCAGAGUCAGAUUUGGAUGUGGGAGAUUUAGACAUUGAACAAUUGCCAACGGAGCCGGAUGAAGAGAUUAAAAAGUUUUAUAAAUUAGUGAAAUAUGCUAAUCAAGAAAUAUAUCCAGGUUGUAAGAAGUUCUCAAAACUCUCAUUUAUUGUGAGACUCUUACAAAUAAAAUGCAUAGGGGGGUGGAGCAAUAAAACCUUUGAAAUGCUCUUAAAAUUGCUAAAAGAAGUACUACCGGUAGGCGAAACCUUACCAAGCAGCUUUUAUGAGAUGGACAAAAUCAUUAAAGAUUUGGGUCUAGGCUAUGAGAAAAUUGAUGCAUGUCCAAAUAAUUGUAUGUUAUAUCGAAAAGAGUUUGCUAAUGCAUCUUUAUGCCAUGUCUGUGGUACCUCAAGGUGGAAAACCGUUGAAAGUAAAAGAGGGAUUACAAAAUCAAAAGACAAGCGUAAUCAAAAGGUUUCCGCAAAAGUACUUCGGUAUUUUCCACUAAAACCAAGGCUACAAAGGUUAUUCAUGUCUUCCAAAACAGCAUCUUAUAUGAGAUGGCAUAAUGAGGGGCGUACAAAAGAUGGAGUACUUAGACAUCCUGCUGACUCUCCAGCAUGGAAGGAUUUUGACCACAAGCAUCAAUUAUUUUCAUCAGAGUCGCGAAAUGUCAGGCUAGGGUUGGCAAGCGAUGGCUUUAAUCCAUUUCGCACAAUGAGUAUUGCUCAUAGCACAUGGCCUGUUGUUUUAAUUCCUUAUAAUUUGCCGCCAUGGAUGUGCAUGAAGCAACCAUAUUUUAUACUCUCAUUACUUAUUCCUGGUCCAUCUGCCCCUGGGAAUGAUAUAGAUGUGUAUAUGCAGCCGUUGAUAGAUGAAUUAAAGGAGUUAUGGAAUGAAGGUGUCAAGACAUAUGACGUGUCUUGCAAACAGACAUUUCAAAUGCAUGCCGCAAUCUUGUGGACCAUAAGUGAUUUUCCAGGUUAUGCUUGUCUCUCAGGAUGGAGCACGAAAGGACGACUUGCUUGUCCUUAUUGUAAUAAUGAGACUUGCUCUGAAUAUUUAAAGCAUGGAAGAAAAUUCUGUUAUAUGGGACAUCGUAGAUUCCUUGAUAAUGGACAUAAAUUUCGACGUGAUGCAAUAUCUUUCAAUGGUAAGCAAGAACACGGAAUAGCACCUACUCCACUUUCAGGUUGUGAUGUUUUAGAGCAAGUAAAAGAUGUUAACAUCAUUUUGGGAAAGUAUAAUUGUAACAUGAGAAGCAGAAAACGUAAGCGAGUAGAUGAUGUUCAACCUUCACAUAAUUGGAAGAAGCGGAGCAUUUUUUUUGAACUGCCAUAUUGGAAAACUCUUCUAGUACGUCAUAACCUUGAUGUUAUGCAUAUUGAAAAAAACGUUACUGACAAUGUACUUUAUACAUUACUAAAUUCAGAAGGAAGAUCAAAAGAUAAUUUCAAGUCUCGUCUGGACCUACGAGACAUGGGAAUAAGAUAUGAUCUUCAUCCAGUGUCAAGUGGAACCAAAACAUAUCUACCCCCGUCAUGCUUCUCUAUGAGUACGAAGGAAAAGGAAGAUUUCUGUAAAUUAUUAAAGGGAGUUAAAUUUCCUGACGGUUAUGCAUCAAAUAUCUCAAAUCGUGUACAUGUUAAAGAAAGAAAAAUUUUUGGGCUUAAGAGUCAUGAUAGUCAUGUACUGAUGCAACAUUUGCUCCCAUUAGCUGUGAGAAGAAUCUUGCCGGAGAAUGUUAGCCAGACCUUGAUAGAACUAAGUAACUUUUUUAGGGAAUUAUGCUGCAAAUCUCUUUGGGUGAAGGAUGUACAACAAUUAGAAGAUCGAAUAGCUUUGACAUUAUGCCAUCUUGAGAGAAUAUUUCCUCCGUCCUUUUUUGAUAUUAUGGUUCAUUUGCCAAUUCACCUUGCUGGAGAGGCCAAACUUGCUGGUCCAGUGCAAUACCGUUGGAUGUAUCCAAUUGAGAGGUUUCUUUUGAGACUAAAGUCAUAUGUACGAAAUAGAAGACAUCCAGAAGGUUCAAUUGCAGAAGAUGUUGAGGAGAGACGAAGAACACAAAAUAGCGGCGUUGUUGUUGUUGCAAGCACAUCUAGUUUUUCAAGUGCAAAGGAUCAAAAUCCUAUCAAAGGAGAUGUUGCAUACUAUGGAGUUCUAAAAGAGAUUAUUGAACUAUACUAUUGUAAGAUAUCGAGAUUCGACGACGUGGGCUAA